GAUAAUCUUUAAAAGUCUCAGUCACUCGUGCGGCCAUUUAUUGCAACUCGAUCAACUUAAACACAAGUGUAAACUUGAUAUGAUUGCAUGGCCGGAUCCUGCGGGGGUCCGGGGUAAGGUAUACUCCGACCCCCUUCUUGGAAUGAGUUUAAAAGGUUAAAAAUCUAACUAUUGGGAAACCAAUUUUAAAUAUUUAAUCUUUCAAAUAAUUUCAUUUAAAAUCUGAGAGAAAAUGACGUCAAACUGUUCAUUAUUCCUGAGCGCAACUUAUACAAUUAAAAGCUCUUGGAGCUAUCUUAAUUACCGAGUGACACAAGGCAGAGAGGAGUGUGUUCGCAUCGUAUCAUCGAUACUGUCACAUUAACUAAUUUACCAGCUAGGCGAUGGUAAUGUACCGGCUAGGCGAUGGGACGACCAUAGUGAACAGACAUUGUGCAGUUAUGUUUGAUCUGAUAUGAAAUCACGUAUUAAGUCUGGCGGAUAACAGAGGUCAUGCGCAUAGCAUAUUUACACUUGACCCAGUAUCCAUUUAUUCUUCAAAUACGUGUUUAGUAAAUAUUAAACAAAAAUUGGACUUGUAAGUUUGUUUACAGCGCGCUCGAAUAUUUGAUUAUACUUAAUCUUGAGAGCGAAAAACUGUGGAUAUACAAUAUAUAAAAACUCUUAAUAAAUGUUAAAAUGAAAAUACAGGAAUAUUGGGAAUUAUAUCGCUCGACCUGACAAAAAUUUGUAUACUGGACAGGAUAGGAGAGAGAUUAUAUUGAAGGAUGGAAUGGUUAUGCCGUUGUGGAAUUAAGAGCUUGCUGAAGGUGUGGCUUGGCCUUUCUGUAGGAUUGGUAUUCAGCUUUACACUGCUAGUCAACCAAAUGGUGGUACAGUUUACGAACAAUGAGUCCAAAGAUCGCUUUUCUAUGACAGUUCUUGAGGUCUCCAACUGGUAUAACACGAGAACAAACUUCUGCGGGGGCCAUUACACGGGAUACGGCCAUACUUUUUUCAAGUUGAAGUCAACUGUGUUUGACCCAAAGAAAAACAUUUUCACAAUACCCUGUAACGAGUGGAUGUUUUUGCAUAAACCUUCAACGUACUGGUUUAAUGGAAAAUAUGCUCCGUUGCGGUAUUCGAAAUCCUUGACCUUUAACAAAGGUCACGAUCUACGAAAUAUUUUGAAAGAUGAGAAUAUUACAAUAGUUGUCCACAGAGAAUAUCCGCACAAUUUCUACCACGCCAUGACACAGUGGUACAAUAUUUUCGUACUGUCAAAACUUUUUAGCUUCAGCAUGAAGAGAGUUAAUAUUCUUUUACUGGACACUGGGCCAGUGGUUCACAUUGAUGAUCAGUGGAAGUUAUUGUUUCAACAAGUAAUAAAAGCGGAUGAACUUAACAAUCCACUGUAUUUUAAGGAGGCCAUAUUUAAUAUACCUGGGCACGAAAGCCCAAUGUACUAUUUUGAUCUUAUAAAACUGCCAUUUAUAGAAGACUUCUCAAAUCAUGUUUUGCAAAAUUUUGGUAUAAAAGGCAAGCAGUCUUUUAACUGUAAAAAAUUAACAAUAACUUUAGUUCUUAGGCGGGACUAUUACAUGCAUCCUGGCGUAAGCACUGAGAAAAGAAUCGCAGAACGGAAGUUCAAGAAUGAGGACGAGUUACUUGCCACGCUCAGAUCUGAAUUUCCGGGCCAUACGGUGCAAACGCUAAUUGCAGAGGAAAUGUCACUUCCGAAACAGUUGUCCUUGACCUCAAAUACAGACAUUUUGAUUGGAAUGCAUGGUUGUGUUCUUACACAAAUCUUAUUCUUGCCAAAAUACGCCAUGGUGUUGGAAAUGUAUCCUGACUUCUGGACAGUUCAGAAAUUCUUUAGUUCUAUAUCUAGAUGGAGAAAUAUCAAGCACGAAUACUGGCAGAAUGCUGACAACAGAAAUGAAUUUGCCAACCAUUAUACAUAUGUUCCCACAAUUGUUAUACAUGAAUUUGCCCAACGUGCUCGAAAGCACUUUGCCUGUAAUACACACAAAUUAUAAUCUCAUUGAUUAAAAAAUACAUUUCUGGUCUAUUUUAAGAACAACAGACGAUACAUUUUAAACUUCGUAUUCUUAUUUCAACGAUUUCACAUUUAUUCUAUUCUGUCAUUAAUAUUAUGCCACAUUACCUGAAAACUUCCGUAGAGGAUGAUUUGUCACAUAUAAUUUUGAGUUAACUUCAGGUCUAAUUACAGUUACGGCUUCUCUUUGUUUCUUUUGAUUUAUCUAUGCGAAAAUUUAUACAAAAUAUUAUUGAAUUGACUUAUCGUUUACAUAGAUUUAAUUAAAUAGUAUUUUUACGCUGUGGUCUAGCAUGACAGGAUCUACAAAGGUAAAUGGAAAAUGUUAAAAGACUUUAAUAAUUUUAAUAGCUUUGAUGUACUUCGUUUCAUGCAGUUUCAAGUACUAGAAAGUAGUUUAUUAUGCAUUAUGUUUGCUGCUAUUUGGGAGAUCAAAGAAAAAUCUUUAAGUGUAUUUAAACAACGUAACGUAAAAUAAGAAUGUUAUAGACACUUUUUGCAAAAAGAAAAUCUUUAUAUGUUUUACUGUCUUUGUCUUUACAAUUGAGUUCACAGUUCUCCCGUAAUGAUUCUUGAUUUAAAAAAAAACAACAAAAAAAAAAAAAAAAACAACAACAUUGUUUAAUAUUCUAUAUAAUUUUUUUGUUUUUGUCCAUCAAGAAAAUACACCAAUCUGACGCGUUGAAGAUAUUCAUUAUUACAUGUGAAACGUUAAGAGCUGUUAUAUCGUUUAUCGAAUCGGCAUCAUGUUCAGCUUCGGAAUCUACUGCUCUCAUUUUGUUACACACAGUCACAUCUGUGUAUUAAUGCUCCCUUUGUCUAUAUUAAUCGAAAUAUUGCGUAUCGUGUAAAGUAAGAGCAUAUAAUGUCCUUAGUUUUUGAGCUAUCUUUAUGAUUGUUGCUCAUUCGAAUAAUAGUUAAAACUAUUGCACUCACAUUGCACUCACCAAUGCGCCGGUGUCUACAUCCUAACUUGGUUUAGUUUUGUAUGUAAGCUGGUAUGAUCUCAGUAUCCGCUUAUGGGAAAUGAUCGAAACGUCACACACUUGUUCAGUUAUAAUCUCAAAAGUAGUGCACAGGUUCCAUAACUUCACUUUGCGGUUGUGCAAAGGUUAUGAACUUGUUUCAACAUAGCAACUUUUAGUUAAGUUUUAUCUCAAUAUCUGCAAAUGGAAUAGACUGAAACUGCAUACACCUGUACACUGAGAUGAUUCUACUUGAAAGUACAGGUUUUAUAACUUUAGUUAGCAUUUUUAUAAAGUUAUGUCCCUUUUGGACUUCGCAAUGUUCGGUUAUGUUUUUGUAUGUCAGCUGGUAUUUCAGUAACCAGAUGCGGGAAUAGAUUGAAACUUUAUUACUGCGAUGAUAGGACAUGCAGAUGCUAUAACUCUGUUUUGUUUUUUCUCAAAGUUAUGCCUCUUUUUCAGUUUAGCAAUUUUCUUGUGUAAUCUGUUAUAUCAUUAAGUAGUAUAAGUGGAAAAAACAACGACUAACUGUAGUCGCUCUAUGUCUAUGUUUUCAUUAUUUUAUUUUUACACUGGCAAGGCUUUUGAACAAGCGAGCGUUGCUAACCUACAAUAGCUCUUGCUGUCACUUGCCCGUUUUAUUGUCUCCAUUAAUGGUACGAAUGCCGUGUUAAUUCAAUUUAUACGUACUCGAGCUCUAAAGCUACUUUGAAGUGUUUCGUAUUCAAACAUACUUUAAGCUGUAAGAUAAAUAUUAUAUUACGUUGCUUACAGGAAAAAAAAAUUGAGUUGUGCAGCCUGAAUAUCUUCAGAUAUUGGAUGAUAUAUACAUGUUUCUCAUUAAUGCCACAGCAGAUUGUUCAAAUGUUUGUCAAACACUUAGAAAUGCAAAUAAAAUAUUUUUGUUUUACCGCUUGCGUGAUCUUGGUUUAAAAAAAAGAGUCGUUCACGUCUAUUUUUGUACCAGAACGCUUUAAAUCAAAUAUCGGGGGUAAAUUCUCAUUUCCACAGGACUUUUGUCCAGAUUUUAUCAGCAAUGUUCAACAAUAGUAUUGUCAUACCUAUGUCUAUAGACAAUAUGUAGCAGUUUAGGUGGUUAAUAUGUACAUGUGCAUUGUUGCCCGUGACGAAAUACUAAGUGACAGAUGACUGACCAAGAAGCUAGUGAGAUGUAUUUUAUGGCCGCCACUAAAUCCAAAUAUUGCCGAAGAAUAGCAAAGCAAAACGGCAACAACUCGUAAAAUGUCAUGUAAAAAGGUAUUCACAUCAGAUGCAAAUCAAUAUAAAAAUGUGCUCGAUGUACAUGUUUGCUAACCACUGUAUUUCCAUAUGGAUAAAAUGCUGUCAACAGCUUGAUUUUGAUGUUCAUGUUUCCACAUCUCUGUAUUUUGAGGUCACCAACAAGUGUUUCGAACAUUUGUUACGACUUUUAACGUUCUUAUCAGUGUUUCCAAAUACACUCUGCAUUGCCUGCUUUGUUCAGAUUCUGAAUCUUCAUUCAAUUUGGCCUUUGUCAAAACAAUAUAGGCAUAUGAACAAAGGUGUACAUACUAGCGUUCUGAUAAAAUGCAACUUGUCAUUGUAACGCAAACGCUAAACUUAAAUAAUGCUAACACAGGUAUGCUGCACUAUGCAUUCGAGUCGUGACACUGAAAAAAUGCCAUGGAACAUGUUACACCUUUCCCCAAGGUACACUGAGAACCAUGUCAAUUCAGGCGAGAGUCUUGUUUUAUCUUUUGGUUUAGGAACCUGCCCGGUCCGAAAUUGUCAAUAACUGGAAUAAAAAUGA